AUGUCGCAACUCAAACUGCUAUUCUCUUUGAUGCUGCUCAUUUCCAUCAUCCUGGUCAUGACGAUGAAUUUUCAAAUUAAUGGAAAAAUCAAUCAUCACACAUUGAUGAAUAUUAAUUCCUCCGAUGUAGACAAGAAGAAGAUGAUGAAUUAUAAUAAUCAAAAGCGAGUCAGGGUAAAAUCAAACUCUCAAUGUGAAUGUUCUUCCUAUCCAAAUUUAGAAAUUCAUGAUGACGAAAAAUUGUCUCAAAUUUUGUUGGAGGCCAAAAUGGAAUUUAUGAAGGGUGUUGUGAUGGAAAAAUUCAAUAGUUUGGAUGUUACGUUGAUGCUACCUGUCAAUGGGACUAAGGUUUGGAGGAGAGGAAGUGUCAAUCCUAGAAAAUUGACCUAUCCAGCAAGUUGUGUGAAAUUGGCUUAUUUAUUUAGUUCAUUCCAUUGGUGUAAGAAUGUGAAGAGGGAGAGAAUUGUGGAUUGUAUUGAUAUUCAUACUCAUCCAAUGAUUACUUGGAGUGAUAAUUUGGAGACUGGAUAUGUUGUGGAUGCCAUCUCUGAACAAUUGAAUUUGUACGAUUUGAAUUCUGUCAAUGAUGCAAGAUUUCAUUCAUGGUUAGAGAAGAGAAAUUUCACAAUGAAAUAUUUGGAGAGUAGAAAUUUGAUUGGAAAUCAAAUUUUCAUUGCCAAGACCUAUCCAACCAAUAGUGGACAAAUGCCAAUUGGAGCAGAGGCAGUUCAGAGAUCUUUCACUGGACCUAAUGCAAUGGCUCCAUGUUGUGCUGCUUCAUUGGUAUUGCAGACAAUGUAUGGACUCGAGAAGGAGGAAACUGAUUAUGCAAAGAAGUUGUUAUUCCAUAGAAGAUUUGAUGAUUGGAGUGCUAUUGCUCCAGCUCUUCCACCUGGAACUCUCUUACAUAACAAGAUUGGAAAUGCCUAUGAUAAUAUUAAUGACCUAGUUCAUCUUGUUCUUCCAAAUGGAAAGGAAGCAAUUGUGGCCAUCUUAUCCAAUGGUUAUCAGAGAUCAACUGAUUCUACUAUUCUAGCUCGUUUCACAGAAAUUCUUCUUCAAAAAUUGGAAUUAUUGAAAGGUUUGCCACCAAUUAUUACCUUGACCACUGAUUCUGGAAAUGCUCGUUACAAUACACAAGAGGGAUGGAUCUAUUUCAAUAAUCAAACUAUUCAAACCAUUGGAAAGGACAGAAUUGGAAACUCGAUUGUUGUUUUACCUCCAAAUCAAAAAGUGGCCACAACUCUCUCAUGGGAUGUUGAGCUACCUGAAGAUGGACUCUACGAAAUUACUGUCUAUACAGCCACUGUUGAAACAUCAGAUGGAUCUAGUCAAUUUGAUGUUCCUUGUAUUGUUAAUUACUAUCCGAAUGCUAGUUCUGGUUCUACUUAUCAAACUCGUUUCUCAACUUGGACAAAGAUUGGCGACUAUUUACUCAACAAGGGUUUGAAUAAGAAUGUUGUGCAAAUUCAAGUUCCUCUCAAUUAUCCGUAUCCAGUCUCAGUCAAUGCCAUCAAGUUUAGCAAGUAUCCAAAUUAUUAA